GGGAUGUUACUGUGGAUCUAUCUGACAAGGAGUCUGACGUGGGACGUUAAAACAGGACACUGAGGAGGAGUUGGUACAUUUGAUGCAGGGAUGACACCACUGAUUGCCUGGCUGAUGGUGUUUCUCUGUGAUCUGACAGCAGGGGUGGAGCGUGCUGAGGUGAUGUGUCGUCGGUCCUGUGAGGAGCUGAAUGAUCUGUUAUCAGAGCUGCAUGGCCUCCACAUCGUUACCACUAGUCUGCUCCACGACCUUCAGAGAGCUACAGAGGAGAAUGAGGCAUUGCGUGAAGCUCUCUCUGAGCUGGGCAGCAAUUUGGACAGAGAGGGAGGAGGAGGAGGAGGAGGAGGAAGAGGAGGAGGAGGAGGGGAUGAUGAAGAGGAGAGAGUGUGUGUGCAGGACGGACGUGUGUAUCAGCGGGAGGAGGACUGGGUUUCAGACAGCUGCACAUCCUGUACCUGCCAGGAGGGGAAGGCAGUGUGUCGGCAGGUCACCUGUCCUCCAGUAACAUGUCCCAGUCCUUCCUUCACUGAAGGGGAAUGCUGCCCUGUGUGUCUGGGGUUGGGAAGUGAAGAUGGAUGGUCCCCAUGGUCGGAGUGGACGGAAUGUUCGGUCACUUGUGGGCGUGGCUUCCAGCGGAGAGGGCGAUCUUGUGAUGAUGUCUUCACGUCCUGUUCUGACUCCUCCCUCCAAACCCGCAGGUGCACCCUGGGAAGUUGUGAAAGCCGAGUGCGUGGGAACGGCGGCUGGGGUCUGUGGUCUCCGUGGUCUGCAUGUUCUGUGUCGUGUGGUUCAGGUCUCGUCGUGCGUGUUCGACUCUGCAACUUCCCCCUCUCUCAACGCGGGGGCAGCGGCUGCCGUGGCAACACCACAGAGACACAUCCCUGUGACGCUGCACCCUGUCCAAUUGUCGGGGUCUGGGGACCGUGGUCUUCCUGGUUACCAUGCAGUGUGUCGUGUGGCAGUGGGCUGAUGAUUCGUCAGCGAGAGUGUUCUAACCCCGCCCCCCGGCAUGGAGGCAGGAAGUGUGUGGGAGAGACGGCCGACUACGCAGCCUGCGAUACACAGCCCUGUCCAAUAGACAGCUGUCUUUCUAGGCCCUGCUUCCCUGGGGUCUCCUGCCACUCUGGGACUGAUGGCUCAUGGGAAUGUGGGCCCUGUCCACUGGGUUACCAUGGAAAUGGCUCUGUCUGUGAAGACCAGGAUGAAUGUGUGUUGCAGGGUGUGUGUGUGACCGAGUGUGUGAACACAGACCCAGGGUUCCACUGUCUCCCCUGCCCCCCGCGGUAUCACAGCAACCAACCCUACGGUCUCGGACUGGAAGACGCCAACAACACCAAACAGGUCUGUGAGCCCCACAACCCCUGUAAAGAUAAUACACACCGUUGCAGUCAGCAUGCGGAGUGCGUGUACCUGGGCGUGACGUCGGAGACUGUGUAUCGGUGUGUGUGUGGGGUUGGCUUCGCUGGGGACGGCUUCCUGUGUACUGAAGAUUCUGACCUAGAUGGCUGGCCCAAUCAUAUCCUUCCCUGCCACCACAACACAACCUACCAUUGUCUACAGGAUAACUGCCCUGCCCUGCCAAACUCCGGACAGGAAGACCUUGACAACGAUCGCCUUGGAGACGCCUGUGACCCUGAUGACGACAACGACGAUGUCUUAGAUGAGAGGGAUAACUGCCCUGGACACUACAACCCUCAUCAGUUUGACUCUGACAGAGAUGGAGUUGGAGACCGCUGUGAUAACUGUCCCUUCACCCCCAACCAUUUACAGACUGAUACAGACAGCAACGGAGAGGGAGACGCCUGCAGUAUCGACAUGGAUGGAGACGAGAUGCUGAACGAGCAUGAUAACUGCCCCCUGCUGUAUAACACUGAGCAGAGAGAUACAGACCUGGACGGAGUGGGGGACCAAUGUGACAACUGUCCUUUUGUGCACAACCCUACACAG